AAAACCCUGCCCUCCCUGCUCCCGAGGGCAUGCCACAUCCCCUUGUCUUUAUAAUCGUACUGAAAUCCACAUCCAACACCAUGCACUCGAUAUAUAUCCUCGUGCUCGCAUAUCUCUCGGUGAUAUUUCUGCGCCACUGCCUGAAGGCGAGGGCAAGAAGCAAGGAACUCCAAAAGCUCGCUGCGGAGCACGGGUGCGCACCCGCGCCGUCUCUAGAUGGUCGCUUCUCCUGGGGCAUCAGCCUACUCCGAGAAUGGAUACAGGCCGACUCGCAGCACCGGCUGAUGCAGCUGAUCCUGUUCCACAUGCGCCAGUCGGGCUGGACCAUCCACCAGCAGUUACUGAACCAGACCAUCCUUGUGACCGUCGACCCGGCCAACCUCGAGGCCAUGCUCAACUCCAAGGCCGGUGGUGCGUGGUGCCUCACUCCCCAUCAUAUACACACCCAUAACCUCACACCCCAGCUAAAUACCCCUCCCACGUCCCCCAGACUACUCCGUCGGCCGCCACCAGGCCGCCACCCCGCUCUUCGGCGACGGCGUCUUCACGCUCGACGGCGAGGCCUGGCGCCGCUCGCGCGCCCUGAUCCGCCCGCACCUGGCCGAUCCUCCUAUUUAUUAACAAAAAGCCCAUGCCGUGAUAGCUUCAUCCUCGUCCGCCACCCCUCUGUCCUCUCCAAGCUCCGCACCGAGAUCGCCACCAACCCUAUCCCACCCCCCGACCUCCGCCGCGCCGACCUCAAGGCCAUGCCCUACCUGCAGGCCGUGCUCCGCGAGGUGCUGCGCCUGUACCCGCCCGCGCCCGUCAACGCCCGCACCGCGGCGCGCGACACGGGUCCUGCCCGCGGGCGGCGGGGCUCAACCGCCGCCAGCCCUUGCUGGCCCGAGCGCUGGCUCGACGACGACGACGACGACGACGACGACGAGGGGGCGGUGGGGGUGGCGGGGCCGGCAUGCCGCUUCUCCGCGACCCGCUGGCGUGUAGCGCUACGGGUACCUGCCGUUCGGCGGCGGGCCUCGCGUCUGCAUCGGAAUGGACGUUUUGCCCUCACCGAGGCCGCCUACGCCGUCGUGCGCAUCCUGGACAGGUUCCCCGCCAUCGCGCUCCCAGAGGGGGAGAAGGUCGAGCCCCUGGGCUCGGAAAAGCAUGGCUGCAAUGUCCGCUUGGGCUGA